AAUUUUGAAAAAUUUAUUAAAAAAAAAAAAAAAAAUAAACAUUUUAUCCACACAUAUAUGUAUGUGCAUAUGUAAGUAUGUACCCUAUGAUUGAGAUUUUCUGUGGUCGCUUUUCGCAUUAAAAAUUUCAGUUUUGUAUUACACGCUCGUUAUUGUCGUUUCAAUUCGUUAUCGCUCAUUCGCCUAAAGGAGACAAAGUUUUCAAAUCAAAACGGUUUGUUUCUCUUGCGUGCUUAGCUAAAAGUUAUUUUUAAAAUUUUGAAAAUAGAAAAACAAAUCUUAAAACAACAUAUUGGAGAAAGAAAUAAGCAGCAACCGACUGAAGGCACAUAAAUCAACACAUAUUUUCAAAGACCAUCCAUCCAUCCACUCGCUGCAUAACUAAACUAACCAACAUGCAAACACAAACACAAACACACACACUCACCCCAUAUGUGUACAUAUAUAUAACUAUAAAAAAAGGCUGUGCUUUCAUUUAAAAUUAAUUUCCACUUUGGAAACUAAUGUAAUUGUUCCGAAAAAAGAAGAAGUGAAGAAAGAAAAUAAAAAUAAAAUAAAAAUAAAAAUAAAUAAAUAAAUAAAAGAAAUCUGAAACAACGAAUAAUACACAAGGCCAAUAUACGAUACGAACGGGAACUGCAACUAUGUAAACGUACUCUUCUUCAUACGUUGAUAUUCAAUUAAGAUAAAAGAAACUUGCGAUAUAAAGUAAACAUGGUUGUGGGAAAUGUAGACACAAACGCCGGUGCGGCCGAAGCUAAUAAUGCACAUCCAUCUGGCAUUCCACAGGAUCAAAUAGACAACAUAAUGAGUGGAAUUGCAAAUACAGGCGAUGUCAAGAUGAACAAUCAUAGGAAAAAAUUACGACAAAGAUUUGACAUAAUUAAAAAACUGGGUCAAGGUACGUAUGGAAAAGUGCAACUUGGUAUUAACAAGGAAACGGGGCAGGAGGUUGCCAUCAAGACCAUAAAGAAGUGUAAAAUCGAAGCCGAAGCUGAUUUAGUGCGCAUUCGGCGCGAAGUACAGAUAAUGAGCUCUGUACAGCAUCCGAAUAUUAUACAUAUAUAUGAAGUAUUUGAAAAUCGAGAAAAGAUGGUGCUUGUUAUGGAAUUUGCCGCUGGCGGUGAGCUCUACGACUAUUUGUCUGAACGGAAAGUCUUAAGUGAGGAAGAAGCUCGUCGAAUUUUUAGACAGGUUGCAACGGCUGUGUAUUAUUGCCAUAAACAUAAAAUCUGCCAUCGUGAUUUAAAAUUAGAAAAUAUAUUAUUGGACGAACAGGGAAAUGCUAAGAUCGCCGACUUUGGUCUAUCGAAUGUUUUUGAUGAUCAUCGAUUGUUGGCAACGUUUUGCGGUUCUCCUUUAUAUGCUUCUCCCGAAAUUGUUGAAGGUACUCCAUACCAAGGUCCUGAAGUGGACUGCUGGUCGCUUGGUGUUCUACUUUAUACACUUGUCUAUGGUUCAAUGCCAUUUGAUGGCUCGAAUUUUAAAAGACUUGUUAAACAAAUUAGCCAGGGCGAUUACUAUGAGCCAAAGAAGCCCUCGCGCGCGUCUGCAUUGAUACGCGAAAUGUUAACAGUUUGUCCGCGCAAGCGCGCGACAAUUGAACAGAUUUGUUCUCAUUGGUGGGUAAAUGAAAAUGAUCCAGUCUCAUGCUUGGAACUGGCCGAAGAUUUGGCCAAUCAAACUCCCGUUCGUUUGGAUGUUUUAUUAUCAUUAACGCCGGCAGCGGUGACGGCCGACCAGCUAGUGGUGCCCUCAUCUGACGGAAGCGGAAAUGCAGGUAAAACAGGUGCUGUGCCACGCAGUCAUUCAGUCGGCUCCAUGAGAGAUAUUGGACCGAAUACGGAAGCGGAACGCAGAAUUCUGGAUAUGGUAGCCGCUGGUGGCGAAGCAGCUCUAAUGCCAUCGCCGACGCGCACUAUCACACCAACUCAAAGCCCAGUUCAGACUAAGCGGAAAUUAGCAACCACAGUCUCUAUGGACAAUGCAGCUAUUAAAAAGAAGGAGAAACCGGGGAGUACAUCGUUCAUAAACGAAGCCAAAGAAAUAUCUCUUAUGGAGACCGAAGAUAAUAUUGAGGAAGAAGACGCGGCACCCACCUCUAAGUCAAACGCUACAUUUUCGGCCAAGGAUAUGGAGAUGGUGAGUGAUUUGUGCGAGCAGCUUAUAAAGGACAAUAAUUCAAAGGCAGGAACGGACAUAUCCAAUGCACCUGAGGAGCCUACAAGUGCAGCGCAACAAAAUUCUGCUAAUAAGCUUGAUCCUGUUGAGGAGACUUCGGUAGGGGCGAAAGACGCAACGAAAGUAAUUAGGAAGUUUGUAAACAAACAUAAAACGGCCGAUUUAGUUAAUGCAAUAGGACAAAUAACGCCCGAAACAAACAUAAUUACGGACCCAGUUCCUUCAAAUCAAUCCUCUUUAACAAAGACUGCAACAGCAGGCAUGUCAGCAGCUGCUUUCUCUCGUAAAGGUAGUCUUCAAGAUGACUCUACGCUUCCAAAUAAAGUGAACAAUGAACGCCGAAAAUCUCGCAUCUUAGAAACGGCCGAGAAAUUUCAACAAUUAAAUUCUGCCCCUGCAAGCGGAACUGAGAAACCUAAAAAAUUUGUUAUUCCGGGUGUAAGCGUUGGCAGUUUUAAAAAGGAAUUUGAACGCAAAGCCUCAACAUCAGGGAUUGCGCAAAUACCAACACCGGGAGAACGUCGAGCCUUAGAACAACUUGCGAGCGCAAACAUUGCGGCUGGAGAACUCGAAAGCGCAACCGUCAAUAAUGCGGCUGCCAUAGCCGAAGAAUCAAAUGUGGAAACAAGUGAUUCGAAAACUUCUGUUACAUCGCUAACACUAGAGGAUGCGCGGCGUUCCAUGGAAAAUUCCAUUGCGCUUUUACGUCAGGCUCAAACUGAAAAUUCUUCCAAAGUAGUUAACGAACUAUGUGCCAAAACAGAAAAUAUAAGCGUGAGCGAUUUAGCAAAUCCGGCCAAAUUCGUCGAACGUGAACGCAAGUUAAAAAAUGCGCGCGCCAUAAUAGGCAAUGCAAUACAGCCGGCAUCCCAAAAUACUAGUAGCAACGAAGGUGGCGCUGGCGGGGUAAAGACAUCGACUGCAUCUAUUACACUUAAAUCGGCUACAUUGCCUCGCCGAAAGACGGCAAAGACCGAAAUACAGCUGGACAUUAAACCGCGGAUUGUUGAACAACCAACUAUGCGUUUUACUACCGAAAUGCAACAUCCUGUACCAGAUUUACGCAGCGCUCCAGCACGUGAGGGACCGAGUCCUUAUAGUCCCAUCAAAUCAAUGCUAAGUACACGUGCCGCCAGUUUGGAACCCAAAGAGCACAUCAUACCCAUACAGCGCCCACAGGCGGCUUAUAUACGCACAACAUCAAAUACAACUACAAGAUCGGAUUCAUUGUCGCGCCAAUCAACCAAUGAUUCUGAGUCUGAUACGACUACUACUAAUAUGUCGCAAACGACAGUAACUGGUUCGUCGCAGCCGAUUAAAAAGAGCCCUCGGGAAUUUAUUAUACCUAUUGCUGUUGAAGGUGGCGGUUUUAUAACGCCGCGUGAAGGCAGUGCAGAACCCUCCGAAUCCAGUCAUACCGCCGCUAUCACUUCCAGUCGUUCCACCUUCAAUCGGUUGCGUCCCACUCGUCGCAUAGGCUCUCUAUUGAGUGAGGCUUCAGUCGAUGAGAAUUCGCCAUUCCAGAAACUACGUAACACUUCUUUAAAUCGUGAAGGCGAUGACGACGUACCUUUUACUUUACACAAAUUGAGAAGUUCAAGACCUAUUAAGAAGCUAAGUCAGGACAACGAUUCACAAAGUUCUGGGGAAGAUGAUGAUGAUGGCUUUGAAAUAUUAACAGCUGAAAAUCUGUUCUCAACACUUCUACAACGCGUACGCGCGCUGACUAAUCGUUUAAAUGUGAAUCAUGACAUCACGACAGGUUUUCCUAGUUCAAACCGUUUAUUAAACAAUAUGAGGCAGGCGCAAAGUAGCUUUUGGAAUCAGGAACCAUUUAGCAGCCGCCUUAAUAAUACCACCAACAAUAUGAGCGCACCUUGGCGCCAUAGUGUGUCUCGAGAUCUCGGCAGUAAUAUGGAAUCGAUGUUCUCUCGAACCGGGGCGACACUGCCAAGAGGUGAAUAUCACAGAUUAAAAAGAUGUAAGCCAUCAGAUAACAUUAAUGCACAAAAAAUUGUUCCAGAAGAUAAAAAUUUGACUGAGGAGUCAGUUGCCGAUGAACGUUUAGAUUUGGCCGAUUUAGACUUGUCUCGGUUAAGAUUGAGCAAAAAAGAUUUAGAAACAUUGUCGAGUAUAACACCGGGUCUUCCAAAAUGCUUUCAAGAACAGUUAUUGGCGAAGUUGCCACCGACACAAGCCCGAAAGCUGUCAAGAACCUUAAGUAUGCAGAACAACCCGCAUAAAACAGUUGUCAAGAUAUAUAAACGAAGUCAAAGUAGUGGUCGCGGAGCUCUAACAAUUCCUGAAGAUAACAUUGACGACAUACGGAAAAUUGAAACAAAGGUGAAAGGAGAUAACGAAGAGGAGCAAGUGUGUAGUAAGCGUAACUUAAGUCAUAUUCGUCAAGAUCAAACUUGCGAAUCAAGUAUAUCGAUGCCCGAAGAAGUCACUUCACAAUGCGAACGCAGUUAUGCAGGUCGCGAUGAGUGCGUUGGUAAGACUUUUCGCACCAGCGACAUUAGUGAUAAAUACAAAUAUUACUCGCCCUAUUUGAACAAGCCAUCCAAAAACACGCAAGCAGAGUCGGAAUCUGUAGCAUUUCAAAAGACGCACGACACUUUUUCGAACGCCGCUGCGUUGAGACGACCACCAAGUGGUUGUACUUCCCCACCACCAAAUGCAUUGAUGGAAGGGGGUACUAACUCCUUGCGUAGACGUUCCUCGCAGUGUCGUAUUUCUCGUCUUUUAAAAUCGGACUUCUUUGAAAAACGUCCUGAGGAAAAUCCUAACGAAAACGUACAAAUGGAAAAACAUGACGUACGCGAGAAAUCCAGUAGUUCCGAUCUAACUCAGAACCAGGAGGGCGACAAUACUCUAACCCGCAAGCGUGGUGUUCAUUCCACAGACUUAUGCAAAGAAGAAACCAAACUUCCUGAAAUUCGCCAUGCCCGAAAUAAAAGCUUAGAGGUUUAUUCGAGUCGUGAUAACGCUAAAGAUAUACCCCAAGAUGUUAAGAAACAACAACGCCGAAGCCUUUCACGUCCGCGCGAUUUCGCGGAAGAACGAAUGGAUAAGCACGCUUUGGCUGACAAAAUACUCCAAGAGUUGCAACUACUCUCCGCGAUGCGUUCACAUCACGAAAUCGAGCCCAGCUCCGAACGCAUUGAAGAGCCAGCAAUUGAAAAAAUCAUUCAAGAGUUCAAUAUGGAGAAGGAUAAAAUGCCAAUCACAACAAAAAAAUCAAAGAAAAUCAAAACUAAGGAUAAACUGAACGAAUCUUCAAUCGACGCUGAAACAAAAGCAAUCAGUUCUGGUGUAAAGAAAAUAAAAAAAAUGGUUAAAAGAUCGGAAAUAGUCCAUAAGGGUACAGUAAAUGAACCCAAUGUAAUCGGCAGCUCACCAGAACGGAUAAAAAAUAUUGAAAGCGUAAUUGAUUUGGAAUCUGCUAAAAAGGAAUCAAAAUUAAAACGCCCCAAGUCGUAUCCUACCAAAGAUUCCACUACUAAUUCAACAAAUGCUGCCGAAAUACCUAAAGUGGUAUCAAUAAGUACUUCCAAUGCAACUGAAGAGAAGUUUUUAGGCGUGGAUAAUAUGAAGGCAACGCCUUUGGGUGACGCCGUUUUGCGAGACAGUCGGCUGUUGCGUCCGAAAAGCUAUCCAUCCACAAAAUUAUCUGGCACAAAGGAUCUGAAAAAGUCAGUACAUAGCGCUAAAGCUAUAGGGAAAAUUGAUGAACUAUCUUUACCAGUAGCAGAAGUCAAAUCUGAAAGUAUUCCUGUUCCGGAGGUACGCACUGCAGAAACCAAAAAAGCUGUUAAGAUACCUAAAAAAACUAAACUCUACCAACCGAGCACAACCCUUUUAUCCACGCCGGCAAAUGCGAGUGCCGCUCUUGUAACAACUUCCAGCACGGGCGAUGAUUCGAAAGAAUCGAGCCCAACGACUGUUAUUCAUGUUAAGGAAAAGUCGCCCGAAAAACGUAUUAAUAAAGGGUUGCUGCGGGCAAUUGGACAAAAAUUUGAAAAACUGCGCGAUUCUGCAAUGAAUAAAGAGAAGCGUGCUGCUUGCUAUUCUACUGCCUCCGUUUCUUCCCCGAAGAAUUGUUCCCCGGAAAGCUCGUCGCCCGAGAAAAUUAAAGAUAAAAUAUCGCUUUUGCAUAAAAAAAAGAAAGUUGAAGCUCUUGGCGGGAUAUCUCUAUCAACCGAUGAAAACGUUUUAGAGGUUAACAAAAAACGAGCAGGAAGCAAGGCUGAUAAAACUCCAAGUGGAACUCAAAUAGACACAAUUAAGCCCGCGAAAAACGAUAAACGAUCUCGUAUUGAUGCCAUGAUACGAUCGCUGCGCGAACGCUCAAUACCGCGCUCUCACUCUGGCCUGACGGAGUCUAAUUACAUUAAACGGGCAAUCAGUGUUGAAGAAAUGCCGGGCACUUGCAAUAAAAAAUCUGUGAAUAAAGUCUUAGGCUUAUUCAAGCGGUUCGAAAGGGACACCAGUACUGAAGGGCGCGUUCGCAAUGUUCGUUCGACUAGCAACAUUGAGAGACAAAUACGGGCGUGUUCGCCUUCACCGAUAUAUGAAAAUUUGAAAACUCCACGUAAACAAAACGACUAUCAAUCUGGUAAAAUAAAUAAUGUAAGCGUUGUUACCAACAAGCGAACCGAGGAGACGAGACGACUACAAAAUUGCCGGUGCGAAGGAGAGACGCCCUCCAGUAUUUUAGCACAAAAUACAAUUUGUCCAGACUGUGUUCAAAAUAUUGCUACAUCUGCACAUUCUCAGCAUUUAUCUAACAAGUCAAGCGUCGUCGCUAAUUUAACAUCAUAUGUGGAGGAAAAAAUCUUACAGGGCAAUAAGGAUAAACGCAAAAAUCUAAUGCUGGAUCUGAGUAAAUUAGAAAAGCCAGAGCAUAACCUAGCAAAAGCAAGUUACAGCACAUCGCAGACAGGUCAUUAUCCUCACAAUGUUAACGGAAUCUAUUCGAAUUUACCACCAUAUCCCGGAACUAGCCAAAGCUCGUCGAAUAAUAGCUCCAGCCUGCAAUCAAUGGAAACCAACUCCAACAACAAUAAUAAUAAUAAUAACAGUAGUAAUAAUAAUGCUUCCAUUACAAAUAAUAAUAAUAGUUCCUCGCAGAUAUCUGGAUAUCGAGCAUCGGCCGUGCACGAGAUUAAUCGCAAUAAUAAUUUCAUUUCGCCUUCGUUUGAGAACAUUGCUAAUUAUUCGUCAGACUCUCGUAGCUGUCAAGACGAUUGUGUUUCCAAUUCCACAUUUUUGUCCCCAACUGAGGAGCCGGAACUGUAUUUUGACAAUUGGUCAGUUUGUUCGGAAGAUAAUUACAUGCUACAGGGUGCUACCCCAUCACCAACGGUCUCCCGACUCUCCAGAACGUCGCAGCUAUCUUCGCCAACUAGAUGCGGUGAGAUAUCUGAUCCAAACGAGAGUAUGAUUGAUCGGAUAAAGCGCCGCAGUUUUUAUAGUCGUUUUAACGAGAAAAAACCGAAACGAGCAAGUAGCAUAGUCGGACCGAAUGCUGUACGAGAAUAUUACCGUGAACAACAGGCUGUGCUCAAAUCGCGUUCAUCUAACAAAGCUCAGGAGACCGAACGUGAACCAUCGCCGGAUAUAACGCAAGAAUUUUUACGUCCGCUUAAGCUUAGCCCAAUCGGUACAGAACUGAAACCGCCAGUUUACAAAGCGCCCAACAGCAGAGAAUGUGGUAAUGAUUAUUCUUCGUCAGCAGCAGGGAGACCUCGGAAAAGCCUUAACGAUAUUCGUUCACCAGCAUCACCUUCGUUUUUAUCAUCGUCCAGACGUUAUGGCUCUUCAACGGUAACCGACAACGACUACUUAACCGCGAGUUCAAUGAUACCUUUACGGAAUAACAAAUCCAAUCAAUACGAUGGCAGUAUUAAUACAACGAACGGCAGUGGAAAUGCUACGAUGAAUUCCUAUUAUGGUACCUAUAAUCCUAAGCGAAGAUCCUCAUAUACGCUAAACGGUACUUUGUCUAUGGGUGGCAAUAUCUCCAGUACGUCUCCUAUUGAUGGUUAUGCAACCGUUGGCCGUAGGCCUAUACGACCAUAUGAACAAAGAACUAUAUCCCUAUUGGAAUCUUCUUCUGGGUCUAGCAGUUAUCGGCGCGAGCCAGCUGUGGGUGCGUCAACGCGUGAUUACUCUGCUAGCAUUUCCAGAUCCAAUUCUAGAUAUCGUACCUCUUCGAUGACUCGUAGUCCCACCAACAUUUGAUGUUCCACACCGCAAAACGGUUUUUGCAUAUUUUGCUAUUACAGUCAGGAGAGAAAACGAAGUAACACCGGAUCUUCAUCGAAUUCAUCGCGAGGUAGCGGUGGCAACAAACGCUUGCAUCUUAUCGCUAAAACGCCAUCGGAAAAAUCCAAUAAUAGAUUUUUAUUUUAAAUCAAUUUUGGCAAUCGUCUGACGUUUUUGAUGUAACUUUUCGAGCCAUACAAGUCUGCUUGCUAUACGAAAACGAAUCAUUCUUUCCUCACGCCUUUUUUUCACCCAUCCUUUUUUCGUUUUUUCCCCCUUCAUUUGAAAGCGGAAGAAGUGCUUCGAGUUUUUUCACUUAUCAUUAAAGUAUGUUGCGUUGCUUUUUUACAAUAACAAUUGUGUAUUGUUUCGACCCACCACCACAUACUUAUUUAAACUUUUCAAUCCGAAUCAUAUAUUCAAAGUUAACAUAAGAAAGCAAGUCAUUUGCAUAAUGUCCGUCUGCUAAGGGAUGUUUCAAAAUCACUUACACCCAUGGAAGGUGUGAAUGGAUUUGCAUUUGAUGAAAAAAAAAAAAAAAAAAAAAAAGCAAAAAAAAAGUAUUUUAAUUAUUUCAAUUUAUGUGACUAGUGAUUGGUCGACGACCACGAUUCGGACAAAGUCGAAUUCAGUUCUUUUUAUUGCUUUUCCGUUAUCUUUUGCCAAAUUUUAUAUCCUCGCAGAAAUUAGAAAUUACUCGUUAUGCAAUAGUUUACCUAAUACAUAUAAACAAAUGUAUUCAUGUACCUAUACUGUAGUGUAGCUAGAGAUAGGAAAGGGGAGAGAGAGAGUGAGAAGGAGGUUGGCGGAUGGGGGGGCACCGCAAAGAGGGCAAGCAAACCAAGUUGAAGCAAAUUUAUUACAAAAAUGUUUCUUUUUUUUGUUCUUCAUUCUCUCAAUUUCGGAGUUUUUCUUGAGCGAUAGCUAAUGCUAUUGAGAAAAAAUUGAUUUUUUGACUUGAAGGAUAU